AUGGAGUUCCUCCGCACAACCUUACGUAACAUUCUUUUCUUGAUUUUCAUAGGUGUCAGCCACGCUAGUACCAGCGCUAAUUGCUCUUGCGGUUACAUCGACGAUCAAGGUCACGUAUGGAGGGAGUCUAUUGUCACGAAUUUCACAAAGACCUCGGGUGCCCUCGCUGCUCUUGGUAACGACUGGAUCGUAUCAACAGACAACGAGGUUCAAUCUUCGCCCGCUACUGCCAAUAUUCAAUAUGUUACCGCGAAUGUAUUAGAUCAUAACAGUGUGCUUGGGAUCCAGGCCAGUGCAUAUACCAGUGGCAGUAGCAACGUUGACUGUGGAGAGAUCUUCACGGAAAGAUCAGAUAUUCUGUAUGGUACUUUCCGUAUGCGUGCGUCUGUCCCGUCUGUUCCCGGUGUUGUUUUUGGUUUCUUUUCUUACGAAUCGGACACGCAAGAACAGGACAUCGAAUUUCUCUCUUCGGGUAGCAAUGCCCAACAACAAAUUCAGUACACAAAUCAACCUGGAACAGUCAACGGAAAAGUAGACGAGGUCUCGUAUAGAGAUGUCGAAGUUGAAAGUGCGAAUUUUACUACGUUUGGCGAACACCGUUUUGACUGGCUCAAGACCGCGACAGAGUAUUAUUACAACUCAAACUUGACAGCGACAAUAACCAAGAAUGUCCCCACUUCAGCAUCGGAGAUCGUCGUCAAUGUAUGGUCCAAUGGUGACCCAGAAUUCUCACAAGGGCCUCCAACCUCCAAUGCAAUUGCGUCUGUGGAAUAUGUCAAGCUGUACUUUAAUUCGACGAGUUUGAGUGAAGCAAAGUUUAUUGAAACUUGCAGUGGGGCUGGAAACAUUGCGAGGUGUACUAUCUAG